UGGGUAUCGUAGUUCUGGCAAGUGCCGCCCCCAUAGUGCGCAUGCGCAGUUCGACCGCGGGUGACCAGGAGCCCCGGAGAGUGGUGUUCGGUUCGUUACUGCAGCAACGCACCCGUGGUCGUCGGCGCGAUGGACAGCUUCUCCUCGGACUUUUCCUCUGGCGCUCCCGGAGGAGCCAAGGUGGAUACGGGGACGAUCAUGGAGCAGGUGAAAUUGCAGAUCGCCGUGGCUAACGCUCAGGAAUUACUACAGAGGAUGACUGAUAAGUGUUUUAGAAAGUGCAUUGGCAAACCAGGAAGUUCGCUGGACAACUCUGAGCAGAAAUGUAUAGCAAUGUGUAUGGAUCGAUAUAUGGAUGCCUGGAACACAGUGUCACGAACAUACAACUCCAGACUGCAGCGAGAGCGUGCACGAAUGUAACUACACAGCAGAGAGUCAAAGAGGCGGCUUGUACUCAAGCUGAUGAGUUUGAGAGAACUUGAGAAUAAUGGAGUGAUGUACAACACAAAAUACUGGGUAAUUCUCAGAGAAAACCUGUAAACCUGCCUAGGUUAUAAUUCUAUCCAAACCUGCAUUUUGUGGACCUAAUUAUGAGUAUAAUAAAAAUACAUGACACUGAAUAUUAAAUAAUUUCUAUGUGCUUUUGUUCUACCUGAGCCAUCUGAAUCUACUCAAAAUAUUUAUAAUGGUAUGUAUCAGUGUUGACUACGUUUUUUGAUUAUGUGUGGCAGAACAUCCCACAAUGCUUCACAAUUAUGUUAUUUCUGUAUAAGGACAUCAGGAAAAAAAUAUCCAGUGACUCUGUUCAUGUGCUAUAUGCAGUGAUUUGUAUAUGAUAUUGAAGAUGGGAUUAGGUUAAAUGUAAUAACCUGUGCCCUUACUCUGCCAGUACUUGUGUGUCAAGAAAUGUGGAAAAUGGAGAGCGCGGCUAAAGUACUGGACUGGUCAUAACUUGAACGUAGCAAGUCAGCAUCUUGAAGACGUGUGGGAGAAAAUAAGUGGGGAAUUUUAAAAAUAGUAGAGGUCUUGAAGGUUUGACAUUAAGUGGCAUUGUACAUUUUAAAGGUGUUGCAUACAUCAUGGUUGCAAACUUCAUGGAGUCUUUCCUGUUAAUUCACAUCUAAUAUUAUUAAAGAUAAUCCACAUGU